GCUUAAUGUAAACUGUUCAAAGGUCUUCAAACAUUUGAAAUAUGAUUAAGCAUACUCAAGAUAAGGUGACCUUUAAAUACUUAUAAGGACAAAUGCAUCACAUGAAAUUACUAAGUAAAUGAGUGUUUUCCAAUCAUUGUCCUUUUAAAGUACAGCACUAACUAACUUAACUGAAGAACUACAAAGAUGUCUUCCUUUUCUCAUAAUAAAUCUACUGAAUCAAAUUAUGCUUUUGAUCGGCAUAUCACAAUAGUGCAACUAACUGAAUUUGUGGAGUUCACAGCUCAUAAAGUUGACAUACAGAAUGUGUAUACACCAAGUCAACUUAAAGAACAGACAACAUUUGUUGAGAACCUGGUUAAAGAUAUAUGUGUGAAUGUUGGCAAGACAGAACCUACACUUGCUACUGAUGGAGUGUUAAAUAGAGGGAGCUACUAUGAUGGUACUAAAAUAGUAAAUGCUGAUGAAUAUGACUAUGAGCCUUUAUUAACUCUGUCUAAAGCUGUCACUGAAGUUUCUGAAUUUUCUGUGUUUCCAAAUCAAGGAUUUCGAACAGUCAGAAUUGACACUAAAAUGCUACCCAAACCCUUACCUGCCCAAUGCCUGAAAGAUAUCAAUGAAAAUGGGGUAGCUGAACUAUCUAGUAAGGAGCUGCUAAAAUUUCUACAUUGUACCAUUCUAGAGGCAUUAAAAUAUAUGAACACUGUAGAAUUAAAGAAAAGCGUAAGAAAACAUAUGGAUCAAGGAGUUGUGGAUCACUAUAUGCCUCAUCCACAUGACACACCAUAUCUUAAAGGGGAAGUUAGUGUACAUUCUGCCCUGCAUGGCCCCAGUGUUUGGCUUAGGGUAGGGGCACCCUUAGGUACAACUGACAUUGAUCUGUGUUUCUGCCUCAGGUCAAAAGCAUGUGAUAAACAUGUUAUGGUGAGUGCAAGGUAUAGAUCAUAUGAAAGUCACUGGUUGGAAUCUAUUAUAGACCUCCCAGAGGUUCAAAAAUACAAGCUGACUUUACCUCACAAUAAACUACUUUUGACUUUGAAGUAUAUGACACACUUGGCCUGUACAGUACAUGGUGGUUCACACGUGUCAUCUCAUAUUCUGAGGACAGUUCUUCUACACCACCAAAGGAACUGUCAAGAGACUGAUUUAGGAGAAUGUUUGCUUUCAAUAAUCAAAAACUUCAUGAUAAAACCUGGGGAAAAAUUUGAUUAUGAUGCAAACAUGGUGCAUCUGAUAGUCAAUGCCAUAGAAAUUCAUGAUAUCGUACACCACGAGACGACUCUAAGGACAAACAGUAUGAAGAGAGUACCAAUGCUGAUUGUAUUGCUAUGGAUUGUACAGCAAACAAGACACAAUGAAGACUCCACAUGGAUACAAAGAAUUGUUGACCCACAAUUCCCUGGAAACAUUUCUGAUGAUGACAUGUUACAUUCUCUUGUGACAAGUCUGGACUUCUGGGAUAAUUCAUACUCUAAAAAUCCACCAACACGUAUAUUUCAGUGGCAUCAUGGUAACACUGCAACACAUGUGUCAAUAACUGGAGAUUGGUAAAAAUGUUAUUUACAAUGGUAGCUGUAUUAUGUAUAAUAAAUGUAAAAUUUAUAAUGAUAUAGUAGGACAGUAUAGAGAAUAGCCCUGCAUUUCCUCUGGUUAUUUUUUUUAUAUCUUGGUUACCGCCAUAUUUGGCGAGCAAUACCUCAUUGGUAUAUUCCGUAUUUUACGUAUUUUACACUCGAAG